AGAAGUUGUCAAAAUGGAAACUGAAGAAAGUGGACCCACAGCACCUCCAGCAGAAGAAGUAGACAGGUAUGGGUCAGAUCUGAAUCAGCUGAAGUAUGACCUGGAGGGGUGGAGGGAGAUUCUAUUGCCAAUCAACAAGUUCCUUGAGUGGGAUAAACCGUACCAUCCAGCAGCUCUUGCUGGUAGUGUCACUCUCAUAUUUGCAAUGAUCUGGUACCUAGAGCCGAGUGUGCUGACAACAUUCUCAUUAUUUGGAUUAGUGGUUACCCUUGUUGACUUCUUGGUACCAACUAUCAUGUCUGCCCUCUUCAGCCAGACAUCCUGGACAAUUGUACAAGAAAGGAAAUAUGAAGAGAUCUGCAUGCGUCUCUUGAAUGCAAGGAACCAUCUCCUCAAUUUUAGGACUACUCUAAUCACACUUAAACAUGACAAGCCUAAAGUGUACCUGAUCGUUCUCAUCGGGAUGCUAGCUUUCCUUGCCUGGGUAGGCAACCUGGUUGACAAUCUCUUCUUAUCAUAUCUCAUAGUUCUGUUUAUCGUGAUGGUACCUGGACUACGCAGACAUGGGAUCAUACAGAGUGCACUGUCUUCUGUGAAAUUUGUCAUCAAACGUUUGAUAGCUGGGAAAGACCCGAAACCAAAACGUCAAUAGAUACAACUUCUUAUGUGCAAAACUGUGCUUGCCAUAACAUUUUCUGUAAAUGUGCAAUUUCAUUGAAGAAUGUCGAAUAUCUGUUCACUAGUAUCUCUUUUUUGGUUUUAGAAUUAGUGCUUCCAGUUUGAUUUGAGAAAAAUGAUGUGCCUUUUGGUUGGAUAUUAACACAGCUAGUGUACUCUAAAACAUAGCUAGUAGUCCUAGACGUCAUUUACUGAAAAAAUCAAGGAUUAUCUCAAUUUGAGACAUUUUUCCUGACUGAACAGAAAUAUUUUUGCCAUUUUGUGAUUCAGUGCUGCAAAAGAAAUAUUGUGAUAGUAUCCGGACCUUUUGUAAGCUGUAGAUUUGUAAUGAUCUGUGUAUGGCCAGUAGAAUUUGUAAGAUGACUCCGUUAGGAAUAUUGUGGGAACAUGUAUGGUAUUUCACGUGGUAUUUAGAAACAUAAAUAAUUACAAUAAGAUCUCACCUUGAUGUAAGUGUACAGGGCAGAAUUAAAUGUCCUUUAAAAGAUACAUUUCAUAGUUGAUACAAGGUCAAGGAUUAAAAUUGUACAGUUUAUUGACACAUUUCGGACAUUUAGUCCAAAAUCUGUCUAUGUACUUUGUCUAAUUUUAAUCUCUGCUGAAGAUUUUAUGAAGACAAUUGUAUAAAUAUUGUUACAAAAUAAUUAUUCUGAAGAUCAGCAUAUCUGACUAUGUACUAUGUAUAUAUUGGUUUAUAUACCCUUGAUAUUCAUAGUGUUGUGAACAUGCAAUAUCCUUAUGUAACCUUAGUUAUUCCUUAUGUUUGUAAGAAAAGCAAAUACAUGUAGUUUCUAAUCAUAAUGUAAACAAUCCAUAAUUGACUUUGAAAUUUUCUCUCUUUUGAAAUGUCAUGUACUUUGUGUUAUGUAUAUCACUCUACUAUAUCUAACCCCUA